AAAGGUUUUGUUAUAUUUAUGCAUUGGAUAAUUAUAACAGUCAUUGGGUACAAAAAAAAGUCUCUUGCCUUUGUUUGUUCAACUGUUUUAGGAGGUCUUGGAAGCUGAGCUGAUUGAACUGAAGGAGAGGGAAAGAAGCCUACAGAAAGAGCUGGAGGCUCUGCAGGAGUCAGGCAGGGGGCAGGAGAGAGAUCUCCUCACUCUCAACAGCGUGCUGCAGAGUAACCAGGAUAUCAUCAAUCACUUGCGAAUAGAAUUGGCUGAGCAGACUCGAUCACUGCAGGACAUGCACAAGGAAAGGGAGUUGUGGAAACAGCGAGACUCCAUCCUGGAAAAAAUGUUGCAGGAAAAAGAAGCUCUCAUCGCUCGGCUGCAGCAGGCUAUAGAGAGUUCCCACAAAGAUGUCCAGGCUUUGUCAGAUUCUCUGAUUGGUCGGGGAUUGCCAGGAGGCGGAGCUGAGGUUGCUUUGGCCAAUCAGGUGCGAGAGCAGGAGUCCCUGCUGUCAGUCUGCCUCAAAGAUUGGGAAGAGCACACUGCUACCACAAGUCAGGAGGUCCCAAAUCUCUGUACAUCUUUAGAAAAAUCUGAAGCUGUAAUACAGGACCAAAAGCAAAGUCACAAAAAAGCCAUUGCAGAACUAACAGAGCAGCUAAAAGACUCCCGCAAGCAGCUGAGGGAGUUGAUGAAAGAGUCCAAGCUGGCAGAACAUGCCUGGAAGACUGAAAGAUCAAAGAGAGAUUUGGAAGAAGGGCGACUAAGGGGAGGUUUGCAGAAAAGAGAUAAACUCAUCGAGCAAGUACUCUUGGAUGCUGAGAAGCGAGAUGGCAUGCUGAUAGAACUUCAUCAGGACAUCUUCAGUAAGGUUGAACCAAGGGUCGGCCUCAAACAGACACUAUGAUUGUGUGAGGUGUGUUUAUGAGAACAUGUGUGAAAGAGAUGGCAGAUGUACACUGCAAUAUUUCUGUAUGAAUGGUGAAUAUGUAUACUGGGUUAAGUUGAUUGUAUACAUGUAAUAGCACUGCCACAGGUUGAUAAUGGCCCACUUUUGCCUCAGUUGUCAUAAUGCCUAUCUUCAUUAUUGCUGUUAUUAUCACUCUUUUUAAGGCCUUGCCUUAGAAACUGCCACAGUUUUCGAUGGAGUGCAAUGAUCUUUAAGCUACUUAAGCUUAUUGUAACAUAUUUACUCUGUGCAGCCCAAGGCACAUGUGAUGGUUUUUAAUUUAUUUCUCAGCGAUUCACAAGUUUCUGUAAGGAAUAAUUUAUUCUUGAUUUCAUGCCAAAACCAAAGUAUAACUGCUAUUUUCUAAGAUUUUGCUUUUAUUUCUGGGACUAAGUGACUGUUCAUCUUAAUUUGUUUAUGCUUUUAAACCUUUAAUUUCUUCCAGGCUUUGUAGAGAGAGAUUAUAUGAGAUAUUUAUGGGUCAGUCUUUGCUUUUUUGCAAUUGAUGUUUUUAUUCCUUCAUUUACUAGUGCAAUGGGAUGUAUUGUUUAAAGUUUUACUCUUUAAAUAUUUCUUUGUUUGUUUGUUUGUCUAAUUGAUUAUUUAUAGGGAGUACAAGCAAGUAACACUUGAUAAUCCCUUUUUUGUCUGCUGUCUCUGACAUGUAGGCCGAAAGCCUGUAAUCUAACAUUUAAUAUUCGGUUGAGGUUAUAUUCAUGUGCCAAGUGAUUGUUCUUUGUUGAGAACGAUAACAAUAAACACUCUUCUCACACUGUUAAUAAAA